CGUGCUGAACUCCUCUACUAAGUAGUAAAGUGUGAUGUGUAGGUUAUCCUUGCAUCUUUUUCGAAACCCCUAGAACAUUUUAUAACCUAAUCGUAGAUACAUUUUGUAGUAUGGCUCCUGUUAAACAAAAACGAUUGAACAAUGGUGAUAGUUUUGAUACGAAAAAGGAAAGAAAGAAAUGGAAAGAGCAGAAACUCCUAAAGGCUGCUGGAUUCAAAAAAGGUGUCGACCAUGUAACAAAUUCUGAAGAUGUGGUAAGUUCUCCUCCAACAUGUUCUUCAGUCGCGAAAGCUUCUGAAAACUUUGAAUCUACACACACGAUUUCGAUAGCCGUUCCAGGUUCAAUCUUGAGCAAUGCUCAGACUGCAGAGUUAAGAGCUUAUGUUGCCGGCCAAAUCGCUCGUGCAGCUUGCAUUUACAGGGUUAGUGAAGUGAUAGUAUUUGACGAUGUAGGAAGCCAAAACAACAAUGCGAUUCGCAAGCCAGGUGAGGAUCGUUGUGCUCAAUUCUGUAGACUAUUGCAGUACCUGGAAUGUCCUCAGUACCUUCGCAAACACUUUUUCCCUCUUCACAAAGACUUGCAAUAUGCUGGAAUUAUGAAUCCUCUUGAUGCCCCUCAUCACUUGCGCCAAUCCGAUGACUUUCCCUUUAGAGAAGGAGUCGUUUCCCAUCACUUGUUGAAGCAAGGUAAAGGAUCUUUUGUUAAUGUGGGUUUAAUUAGAGACGUUGGUGUGGACCGUGCAUUAGUCCCUGACAUUAGAGUAACUGUGAAAUUACUGCCUCAAAAGGAAGGUACUAAGAAGAGGUUUGGUGUUAUAGUUCCUCCUACUCAACCUACUGAAGAGUUGGGAGUGUACUGGGGCUAUAAGGUAAGAUUCGCUCCCUCCCUCAGUGAUGUAUUUACUAAAGCUCCAUAUGAAGAAGGUUAUGAUUUAACAAUAGGAACUUCUGACAAAGGGAAACCCAUCGAGGAGUGUGAGGAUUCCGAAUUCAUUGACUUUAAACAUAUGUUAUUAGUGUUUGGUGGACUCGCUGGAUUGGAAGCUGCUUUGGAAUGUGAUGAAAACCUAGAUAUAGACGAUGUUACUCUGUUGUUUGACAAAUACCUUAACACUUGUCCCGACCAAGGAUCUCGAACUAUCCGUACAGAAGAAGCUGUGUUAAUUUCUCUAGCUGAAAUAAGAAGAUCAAUAAAAGCAGCCAAAAAGGUUGUUGUUAAUGAUAAGUAAGUUUGUCAAGGUAACUUGUUAUGAAGGUCAAUACUAACUUAAAUACCGGUACCGUACAAAUAAAGUAAACCUUUAAUGAAAUCAGUUGAGCAAGAUUUGCACUUCAUAUAAUCUUUGAAUGUUGAUGCAAAGAAUGAUCUGGCCCUAAAGUAAAUACAGCUUACUCUAUAAAUUAGUGUUUUCUAUAAAUUAGUGUUUUGGCAGAUAUAAUAAUUUAUAGGAAAGGUUUUUUUUACUCAAAAUCAAAGGCUGCGUAAGAAUGUUUUCCUAUAGUUUGUAUUUGAUGUUGAGAAAUGUAUGAAAAUUAUUUAGGCUAUUGUACAAGCUGCUAUUUCAAUCAAAUGCCAAGGGAGGUUUAUUUGUUGGUUUUGUUAAGUAAAAUGUCCUAAAAUGAGUCUAGUAAGCCCUGCUAUAUGUUAAAUGGGUUGUUUUCUGGUUAAUAAAAAGGUUUGUUGUUACAUUACAAUUU